CACACAACUAUAGAAAAUUAUUUAAAAAAAUAACAAAAACGUAACGAAUUCAAACAAUUGUGCAGAACAAUGUCACGUAUGAAAUUACAACUCUGUAACAACGUAGCCAUUAAAAGACAAUGGCAACUCUUAUCAAAAACAUUUGGCUAUCAAUUUCGUCAACAGUUGUUUUAGUAACUUUUGUGUGUGAAAAGUGUAAAUUUUUAUUAAUUCCGAAAUACAAAAAAUAAAUAAACAAUAUGCCGUGUUGGUAUUGGGAUAAAAAGGAGUUGGGUGAUACACCUUCCAUUUUGGAUGGUAUAUCGUUUGAGACUGAACGCCGCUACCGUAAGGAGGGUGCACGUUUUAUAAUGAAUUGUGGCACACAGAUGGGAUUAGGUCACAAUACUAUGGCUACCGGUGUAGUCUACUUUCAUCGUUUUUAUAUGUUUCAUUCCUUCAAAAGUUUUCCAAGAUACGUAACAGCAUGUUGCUGCCUCUUCCUUGCUGGUAAAGUUGAAGAAACACCGAAAAAGUGUCGCGACAUAAUAAAAAUAGCAAGAACUUUGUUGUCGGAUAACUAUUUCUAUUCGUUUGGAGAAGAUCCCAAAGAAGAGGUCAUGACGCUGGAGCGCAUCUUGUUACAAACUAUAAAAUUUGAUUUGCAAGUGGAACACCCUUACACAUUUCUUCUAAAAUAUGCGAAAUGUUUCCGUGGUGAUCAAGUGAAAUUACAAAAAAUGGUGCAAAUGGCUUGGAAUUUUGUUAAUGACUCUCUGAGCACGGUUGUAUGCUUGCAAUGGGAACCCGAAAUUAUCGCAGUGGCACUUAUACAUCUAGCUAGUAAGCUGAGUAAAUUUACCGUCGCCGACUGGAUCGGACGUCAACCGAGCAAUAACCGUUGGUGGGACAUGUUUGUAUCAGAUGUAACAAUGGAUAUACUUGAGGAUAUAUGUCAUCAAGUGUUGGACUUAUAUCAACCCAAUCAAAAGGAGUCCGAAGCCAACAGUCCACCACAAAAACCACCCAGUCGCGCAGAUAGUCCUACACCAACAAAACCUUUAAUUGCCACUCCCAACACUGGUUCUCCAGCAUCAAAACUAAAGCCACCACAAUCUGGUACUUUUAAUUCAGCCACAUUAGCUACGAUACCAACUGUUGGUGAGCUCGGUAAUAUUCAAAGCAUAAAAUCACUGGCUAAUUCUGGCCCAAUAGCACCGUCCGUUGGAGAACCUACCGCUAUACCCACCGUCGGUAUGACCUCAAAUUAUCACAAUAUGUAUCCGCCACCAGCUUCAGUAACAACACAUCCAAUACAUUCGUUGUAUAAUUCAUCUGUUCCUGCGCCACCUCAACCACCAUCACAUAAUUACGCAGGUCCAGGUGGACCAUCCAAUGUCGUACCACCACCACUUCCACCACCUAUAGGACCAUAUAAUAUGGCACCAGCAGCAUCAUGGGGCGGUCCAGGUUUAAACACAAAUUCACAUUAUCCAUCAAAUGUACAACCGCCCAUGCCACCUGGACCAAGUGGUGGGGGCUCACAACACGGUUACCAGGUAUCUUCGCAAUAUUCUCGACGUAAUUACAUGUGAUUUAUAUUCUCAAUAAAUACGAAAGUGGUUUUAUGCAAAGCAGAUUUAAAAAAAUUUAGAAAUUUACCAUUCGCAUUAAUAAAAAUUUGAUACAAAUAAUUUAUUAUAAAAUAUAGACGAUAUAAAAAAUG